AUGGCGGUUCCCGGAGGGGAGGGAGAGGAGCGGGGGCGGCCGGUGGUUCUGGUGACAGGUUGCUCGGAGGGGGGCAUCGGGCACGCGAUGGCGCGCGCGUUCGCGGCGGAGGGGUGCGCGGUCGUGGCCACGGCGCGGUCGCGCGCGUCCAUGCGCGGGCUCGAGGGCGACCCGCGGUACCUUCUUCUGGAGCUCGACGUGCGCUCCGACGAGAGCGUGCGCCGCGCCGUGGAGGACGCCCUGCGGGAGCUAGGCCGCGUCGACGUGCUCGUCAACAACGCGGGGAUCCACCUCGUCGCGCCGGUCGCCGAGGUGCCCAUGGAGUCGUUCCACCAGGUUUUCGACACCAAUGUCUAUGGUGGAACAAUGAGGAUGAUUCAAGCAGUUAUUCCCCAUAUGAUGGAAAGAAAAGAAGGUACAAUUGUGAAUGUUGGAAGCAUUACAGCCUUGGCUCCAGGACCAUGGGCUGGUGCGUAUUCGGCAUCAAAAGCUGCUCUUCAUGCAUUGAGCGAUACAUUAAGGGUGGAACUAAGAAAUUUUGGCAUAAAUGUCAUGAUAGUUGCCCCAGGAGGCACAAAGUCAAAUAUAGGAAGCAAUUCUGCGGACAAAUAUGAUCAAAUAAACGACUGGAAGUACUACAAAAAAUACGAGAAAUCACUUCGAGCCAGGACGGAUAUAUCCCAGGGUGCCGGGUGUGUUGCAGCAGAAGACCUUGCAAAGAGAGUUGUCAAAUUGGUUCUUAAGAAGAAUCCUCCCGCUUGGUUCGCUUAUGGCCAAUUCACUGCUAUUCUGACGAUCCUGUAUUAUGCCCCAUUGUGGUUCAGAGAUUACUUCUACAGGCUGGUCAUGAAAAUGUAA